GUCGUGUACAUGGGGGAUCGGCCUCAAGAUAGAGCAUCCACACAUCACGGCAUGCUGCAGAGUGUGCUAGGAAGUGCUUCCGCGGCAAAGGAUUCGUUGGUCCAUAGUUAUGGAAAGAGUUUCGAUGGAUUCGCAGCCAAGCUUAGUGAGGAAGAAGCAGCAACAAUUGCAGAGAUGGAAGGAGUUAUCUCUGUAUUCCCUAGCCGCAAGCUAAACCUUCACACGACGCGUUCAUGGGACUUCAUGGGAUUCAGCGGAGGGGUGCUUGAACCGGGGCAGGAAGGAAAUAUCAUUGUUGGAUUAAUAGACACAGGAGCCUGGCCGGAGCAUCCUAGCUUCAACGACACAGGCUAUGGCCCUCCACCACCCAAGUGGAAAGGGACAUGCCAGACCAAAAAUUUCACAUGCAACAACAAGCUCAUUGGCGCACGCUACUACAAUAGUGACAAUGACUACGAUGAUGGGGACAUCCCAUCUCCGAGAGACACUAUAGGACAUGGCACCCACACGGCAUCAACAGUUGCUGGCAAUGAGAUAGCUGGAACGAGCUUCCUGGGACUAGCAGAGGGAGUUGCAAGGGGUGGAGUUCCAAACGCAAGAAUCGCAGUGUACAAAGUAUGCUGGUCGGGUGGCUACUGUGAGGAUGCAGACAUCCUUAAAGCCUUCGAUGAUGCAAUCGCAGAUGGAGUUGAUGUACUAUCAGUUUCGUUGGGGUAUACUGGGAUUUCUGAUUACUUUGAAGACUCCAUUGCAAUCGGAUCUUUCCACGCCAUGAGAAACGGGAUCCUGACCUCAUGUUCAGCUGGAAACGAAGGUCCUGAUCCUGUUUCACUCGCCAACUACGCGCCUUGGAUCCUCACUGUUGCUGCAAGCACCAUUGACAGGAAAUUUGUUGCUAACUUAGCACUUGGAGAUGGACAAAUCUUGACAGGAAUCGCGGUUAAUAGCUUUGACCUGAACGGGACAUCAUAUCCUUUGAUGUGGGGAGGAGAUGCUGUGAACUACACCUUCGGUUUCAGUGAAGCUUCUGCUAGAAUUUGUGAUGAAGAAGGGAUCAACCUUGCCAUGAUACCGGGGAAGAUAGUGAUGUGUGAAGGUUACCGGCAGGAUGGGUCGACCAUUCUGCUGUCCAAGGGCGUUGGAAGUAUUAUAGUGGGUGAGGACGAGAUAAACCCGGACUACGCCUUCACGUAUCCAUUACCAGCAACGCUGAUAAGCCCAGACGACGCCAAGAAGGUGAUGACCUACAUAAGAUCCACCAAAUACCCCGUGGCGACCAUCAUGGUUGGGGAGACGUGGAAGGACGCUGUUGCUCCAAAGGUGGUUUCGUUUUCCUCUAGAGGACCUAGCCCUAUCACCCCGGAUAUUCUCAAGCCUGAUGUUACUGGACCUGGUGUGAACAUCCUUGCCGGGUGGUCCCCUCUAGCUUCACCUUCAUCGUACGACGGAGACACCAGAAGCGUCUUAUUCAAACUGGUCUCCGGGACAUCCAUGGCGUGCCCCCACGCGAGCGGGACUGCAGCCUAUGUUAAAGCAGCACACCCUGAUUGGUCCCCUGCUGCCAUCAAGUCUGCUAUUAUGACAACAGCUUACAUAAUGGAUCCAAGACUAGAGAGUAGCCUUGAGUUUGCCUACGGCUCCGGCCACAUCAACCCAAACGCCACACUUGAUCCGGGGCUAGUCUUCAACGCAUCCGAGACAGACUACAUCAACUUACUCUGCAAGCAGGGCUACAACACAACCACAUUGAGACUAGUGACAGGAGACAACAGCAGCUGCACCACGACCACACCGGGAAGAGCCUGGGAUCUCAACUACCCGUCCUUCUCACUCUACGUGGAAGACGGGCAGCAGAUCAUGGCUACCUUCACCAGAACCGCAACCAACGUGGGGUCACCAAACUCGACCUACACUGCCAGCAUGCACAUGCCGGCAAUGAUCAGCGUCAAAGUGGAGCCAUCAGUCCUCACAUUUUCGUCCAGUGGAGAGACGCAGGGGUUCACGGUCAGUGUGAGCGGACCUGCCAUCACGCAGCAGCCAAUCAUGUCAGGCGCCAUUACGUGGAGCGAUGGGAUACAUUCGGUUAGGAUGCCUCUGGUGGUCUACAACUACUACCCUGGGGCUCCUUACGUUACAAAUUCACAGAAUUCUAUCACUGUGCCGGGAAAGAGAGACAAGUUGAAAGCCUCUUCUUCCAAGCAUCGCAUCAAUGGAAUGCUCUGA